CCUGGCGGCGGCGCCGCCGAGCCCGUCGCGGGGGCCGCCGAGCCCAGCGCAGCGGCGGCCGCCCCCCUGCGGGUGGGAGUCGUUUGCAGCGGUGUCAAGUCCAGCCUGCCCCCCCACCCGGUGAACGUCGUCUCGGGGCUGAUGGCCUACCUCUCGGCGGCGGCCCCCGGCUCGCGCGUGCUGGGCUUCCGAAGCGGCCCCAAGGGCUUCUUGGCCGGGCGGUGCCGGGAGCUCUCCUCAGAGGAGGUGGACCUGUACCUCAACCAGUGCGGUGUUGAGCUCCUUGGCUACGGGAGCUCCGCGGAGGCCGAGGCGGAGGUCGGCACGGAGGCUGGCAUCGCCAGGGCGGCGGAGGUCUGCGCCGAGCACCGGCUGGACGGCCUCGUCGUGAUCGCCGGGCCGAAGAACCUGCGCUGGGUGGCGGAGCUGGCCGCGGGGUUCCUGGAGAGGGGCUGCGGCACCACGGUCGUGGGCGUGCCGUACAGCAAGAAUCUGAACCUCUACGUCCCGAAGUACCUGGCCAUCACGCUGGGCUUCGACAGCGGGCGGCGGAUGCUCUCCGAGGUCGUGGGGUCCAUCGCCGUGGACUCGAUGAGCUCCAAGAAGUAUCGAAGAC